GCGAAUUUUACCAGCCCUCCAACUCGAGUCUUACUACUCCAAAACUUGGUAAUUGAGCUUUUCUUCCUUUAAUAUGAAUAUAUUUUGAAUCAUUCGAUCAUAUCCCAUAUUUGGAGUAUUUAUGGCCAAUUAUUUUAAGAUCAUUCUGAAGAUUUGCGUUGCCUCUGUGAAUCUAGUGAUAUGUCAUAGGAAGAACCCAUUUGCUUCUGUCCCUAUUAUGGGUUCAUCUCAGAAGUCCUUGCAAACCCUAGCUCAAGAAAACCAUUUUUCUGUUGAUCAUAUAAAAACCUGACUCCUAUUUUUAUUGUCAAUAUUAAAUUUUGUUAGUAAGGAACAAAAGUUUUGAAAGAGACAUUCUUUUUAUUUUUUAGAAUUAAAUAUAGAUAAUACGCGAUUUGGCUAAUUACUUGGUUCUCUAUGCAUAGAAUCAGUAUAUUCAAGUUCUAAUUGCAAUCUUGAAAAUUAACCACAAAGUAAUUCCUGGAGAGAAAAAAGCAAAGAAAUGUUGGGUGGUCUAUAUGGAGAUCUCCCUCCCCCUUCUUCAACACCUUCAGCUGAUGAAGAGAAGAGCAGUAGUUCAGCUGUUUGGUCGAGUAGUACCAAAAUGGCACCACCUACACUGCGGAAGCCAUCUUCCAUGUUUGCUCCCCCUCAGACUGUGUUGAAGAGCCAGCAAUCCCAAAGCAGGGCUAAAACCUCGAUCACACCCCAGAUAAAAACCCCGAGUUCUUCAACCCCUCCACCAUCAUUGUCGGAUAAUGGCAAAAGCCCAUCAUUUCAACCGGCUCUUGUAGGGCUCACAUCUACUGUGAUUGAGGAGUAUGAUCCUGCUAGGCCAAAUGAUUACGAGGAGUACAGGAUGGAGAAGAAGAGGCAGGCUAUGGAAGCGGAGAUGAAGAGGGAACUUGAGAGGAGGCGCCGGGAAGAGGAGGAGAGGGAAAGGGAGAGGGAACAAAGGGAACAGGAGGCUGCAGAGAGAGAGGAGAGAGAUUAUCAGUCUAGGUCUUCAUCAUUAAAUAUUUCUGGCGAAGAGGCAUGGAAAAGGCGUGCUGCCAUGAGUGGGAUGGGUGGUGUUGGCCCAAGGUCACCUUCUCCACCACCAAAUGGAGAGGGAUUCAGCAUUGGGAAGUCACGUUCAGCUGGGUUGGGUGUUGGUGCAGGUGGGCAGAUGACUGCUGCCCAAAGGAUGAUGGCAAAGAUGGGCUGGAAAAAAGGCCAGGGACUUGGGAAACAAGAGCAAGGUAUUACCACUCCUUUGAUAGCCAAGAAGACCGAUAGACGAGCUGGGGUGAUUGUGAAUGCUAGUGAGACUAAAGGUGAUAAGAAAUUAAAGAGUGCGAAUUUUACCAGCCCUCCAACUCGAGUCUUACUACUCCAAAACUUGGUUGGGCCAGGAGAGGUGGAUGAUGAGCUUGAAGAUGACGUUGCUUCAGAAUGUGCCAAAUAUGGUACUGUUACACGUGUCCUGAUAUUUGAGAUUACUGAGCCUAACUUCCCAGAAGAUGAAGCUGUCAGGAUCUUUGUGCAGUUUGAGAGGUCGGAGGAAACAACCAAGGCAUUAAUUGAUCUAGAAAGCCGAUUCUUUGGUGGUAGGGUGGUGCAUGCUUCAUUCUAUGAUGAGGAGAGGUUUGGGAAGAAUGAACUGGCUCCUGUUCCUGGAGAAAUUCCUGGUUAUCCUUGAAAUGGAUUGUGUGAUGAACCUUGACCAAUGCAAAGAGUGAGGAUACCAUUAUAAUUAAUUACCAAUACCAGGAGUGAGGAUUACCAUUAUAAUUAAUCAUUGCAUUUUGUUCAAAGCAGUACAAGUGUGAGGCAAGAUCUUUGCGACAAGACUUGCAGCAAUGCUCAUCAGCAGUUCAUAUCGAUCACUGUUGUUGCAGGUCAAAAUCUUAAUUCUAUAAUGUAACUAAUCCUCAGAGUGCUUGUGUGUCCCCAAUCAAGUCUCAUGAACUUAUGGAAGUACAUGAUGAUUAUGCUGAUAUUGUAUUGGAUGCAUUAACAAGACAGCUGAUUAUCUCACGGUAUCUGUCAACAUUGUAAGAAUAACAGCUGGGCAUCAUUUGCUUGCGUUCUUCUUAAAGCUACUGAUGUCUUAUGCGAGCAAAGAAGUGGGUUAUCUUCUUAA